GAAUAUCAGUAGGGGAGCUAUGGGAGGAAUGGAAGCCACGGAUCUCGCGAGGAUACUUCCUGCGCUCCUCAUUUCCCGAGGCGGGACCUCACGUGACGCCAUCUUGUCCAAUCGGCGCGCGGGCUGCGGGGGUCGCCGCGGUUCCCGCCAAAUACGAGCGCGGCGGCCGCGGCAGCAGCGGCGCGGGCGGGAGGGCGAGCAGGAGCCGCCGCCGGAGCGUAGCCCGCGCCUCCGUCGCCCGAGGGGACCUCGAGCAGCUGCCGGGACGAUGUUGGAGGAGCCGGAGUGCGGGGCUCCGGGCGCCAGGGGAGCGGCCGCAGUAAUGGAUUGCAAAGACAGACCAGCUUUUCCAGUCAAGAAGUUAAUACAAGCUCGUCUGCCCUUCAAGCGCCUGAAUCUUGCCCCAAAGGAGAAAACCGAGGACGGAGCGGACAGUACAGGAAGCUCUCCCAGUGCUCCUGCACAAAGUCAAGUACCCGAUGUGGAAACCUCUUUGGACAACUUGGAGAACAAUUUUCAUAUGGGUUCUGACAUAGAUUUUAGACCAAAACUUGUCAAUGGGAAGGGUCCCUUAGAUAACUUUUUAAAAAGUAGAGUCAAAACCAGUAUUGGCGAGACCACAGUCAUCAUUGAUUUGACAGAGGACUCAAGUGACCAACCAGACAACAUUUCAGCCUACAAUAAACUAAAUUCUGCAGCCUGUCCCUCCUUGGAGGAGGCUGUAAAUAGGGUCAGAGAAGAAGCUGGAGAUGAGGGGGGGCUGCCAAAGGCUAGUCAGAAGGACGAGCUAACAUUUUCUGAAGAGACCCUUUUAGACAUUCCAUGCAAAACAGAGGAGGAGGGUACUGGCUCAGGGGGCACAGAGAGGAGAGGAGACGCACAGGAAGCAUCUCAGAGCUGCCCCAAGUUGACAGAUGGUCCGAGAACGUGCUCAGAGAAGGACCAGGACAGUUGGAGCGAAGCUGGAGGCAUCUUGUUCAAAGGGAAGGUGCCCGUGGUGCUCUUGCAGGAUAUCCUGAGUAUAAAACCUGGAGCCAAGUCUCCAACCAUCUCUCUGGACCGGGACACGCCCUCCCGGAGGGAAGUGCUAGAGUCUAGCCACGGAGAAGACUCUGUUCUCAGCCAUUCCUCCCUGAGUUCUUCCUCUCCUACCAGCUCACCUGAAGGGCGGUGUGCUUCCGAAAAUCAGCACAACAGUCCCAGUACCUUCCCCACCCUCACACCUGUCCGCAGAAUAACUAAGAAAUUGGUCAAAGGUUCUGUUGAGAAGAACAAGAUGAGACUACAAAGAGAUAAGGAGCGUUUGGGCAAGCAGCUGAAGUUACAGGCCGAAAAAGAGGAAAAGGAGAAGCUAAAAGAGGAGGCCAAGCGUGCCAAGGAAGAAGCCAGGAGGAGGAGAGAGGAAGAGAAAGAGCUGAAGGAGAAGGAGAGGCGCGAAAAAAGGGAGAAGGAAGAAAAGGAGAAGGCGGAGAAGCAGCGACUCAAGGAGGAGCGGCGUAAGGAGCGGCAGGAGGCCCUGGAGGCUAAGCUGGAGGAGAAGAGGAAAAAGGAAGAGGAGAAACGGCUGAGAGAGGAAGAAAAGCGCAUUAAAGCAGAGAAAGCCGAAAUCACGAGGUUCUUCCAGAAACCAAAGACUCCACAGACCCCCAAGGUGAGCAGCAGCUUUAUUUAGCCUUGCUUUUCAUCUCUGUCAGGCUCUUCCUUUGGAAAAAUAAAAAGCUGUUUUCUGAGCAGAGGGGCCUCCGCUUGCACAGGGAGCUUCUAUUUCUGGUAGGGCCUGGAGAUUCUCGUAUGUCCUUGAAAAAGCAAAAAGUGGCACAUUUGCUAAUAAGACU